AUGGCUCGUUUGAGACAGUUGGAAGACACAGUCGAGUAUCUCAGGCAUCCUGUGACUUCUGGAGCAAAUGGAGAAAACUGUGCUAGAGAAGAGGCUGGUUCUGAGAAGUGUCCGUAUUCAUAUACUGAUCCUAAAACGGUAUUGCGCGGGCAUGAUGGCAAAGAGGAGUUUGGACGGCUGGUCGUUGAAGAUGGAUGCUGUCGGUAUGUGAGUAAUCGACUAUGGGCGAGUUUGAGUGAUCAGAUUGCCGGAUUGUACGACCUUUUGGAACAACCAUCUCCCUGUGUUGAUGAUGAUUCGGAUGUGGCUCAUCCAAGUAAUAAAAGUCACGACGCAUUCAUCUUUGGUUACAACUCUGUAGCCCAAUCCUUGGUCAACUAUCAUCCAAAUGCGGUGCAGCUGUCUGUGUUGUUGAAUGCAUACAAACAGAAUGUGGCACCGCUUCUUAGGAUUCUUCAUCCUCAGACCAUCCAGAAAGUUAUUUACAGAUCUCACAGAGUGCAAGACGAGAUCUCCGAAUGUCUCCUAUUUGCCCUUUGUUUCUCAGCAGCUGUUAGCAUGAGCUCUGAAGAAUGCGAAUUACUUCUCUUGGAGAAAAAGGAAGUGGUUGUUGAUCAUUUCAGGUUUGCCACAGAGCAGGCAUGUCCAAGAGCUCGCAUAAUGAGCUCCAAAAGCUUGACGUUACUCCAGGCUAUCGUCCUUUACUUGGCAUCCUUACGCAGCGUAGGGGAGACGGAGUUUGCAUGGACGAUGACCUCCACUGCCGUCCGUUUGGCUUUUGGUCUGGGCCUUCAUCGAGAUGGAUCGAAUUUUGGACUGGAACCAUUCGAGGCGGAGAUGCGCCGUCGUCUCUGGUGGUAUAUCUGUAUUUUGGAUGUCCAGACAGCAGAGGACUUGGGAACUGAUCCAAUGCUACACGACAUAUUUUUUGACACCAAGCUCCCCUUGAACAUAAAUGACGAGGACAUAUACGAAGGAAUGAAAAACCUACUGCAGGAACGUGUUGGCUGCACAGAUAUGACCUACUUCCUUCUUCAAUGUGAAGUUGCUCUGGCCACCCGUCGCUUGACCUAUAACCCGCCCGGGAAUAUAUGUCCUGGCCUGAAAAGUAUCGAAGAACGCCAGUAUCUCGUCCAAGAUCUCGAAAAACGCCUUGAUGAGCGAUAUGUCCGACAUUGUGACCCUACUAUACCUCUCCAAUUGGCGUGUAGCAAGAUUGUGCGUAUAGCCGUCGCCAAAUUGUGGUUGGUUAUUUACCAGCCCUUGAACAAACAGGAAAGCAUCACUUCCUUACCACCAGACACACAGAGCAUGCUUCUCUCCAAUGCAGUCGAGGUAAUUGAGCUCUCGCAUCGGCUGCAAACGAACGAUACCAUGGCGAGAUGGAAAUGGGAGUUUCAGACUUGUGUUCCCUGGUAUGCAGUCGCCUAUCUCCUGGCUCAGCUCUGUAACAGCCCAAAUAGCCCGCCGUUGGAGCAGUCAUGGUGCCGCGUAUCCGACAUCUUUAACCAAUGGAAAAGAAAAGCGGUGGAAGAGAACAAGCCAUUGUGGCAACCGUUGCCCCGGCUCAUGGCGCAAGCAACGGCAUCCCGAGAAAAACAGAGAAACGAAGAACGACAGACUCAUGUAAACCUAUCACAUACGGGUUUUCAGUCGCAAGUAUCAGAGACUACGACACCCGAGAUCAUUGAAGAUUCAUUGGCCCCAGUCGAUUACUCGGCUAUUGAACAGAUUCUUGAACAUACCGGUCCGGCUUUACAUACAUUUCCAGAUUUCUCAGAGAUAGAUGGACUCAAUGUGCCUCACAUCGGGGAUCUGGACAUUGCAUCGUCAGGUAGUGGCAUCUUCAGCUAUUCUAUUCCAUCAACGAUUACUUUUCUGGAUCAGAAUAGUCGUGGGUCGAUAGAUACAUCGCCAUUUUCUAGUCAAGAUCACCCAGUGCGUGAAAUUGAUCAACCUUAUUAUUGGAAGCCUUGA